UUCAAGAUGCCUCGGUAUGAUGACCGUUACGAUCGCUACGAUGACCGUUAUGAUCGUUAUGACGACCGUUAUGAUCGCUAUAAUGACCGUUAUGAUCGGUAUGACCGAUAUGGUGGCAACACCAAGUUGUACGUGGGCCAUCUUUCUACGCACACCCGGACCAAGGAUGUUGAGUACCUUUUCGGCAGAUAUGGGAGGUAUUGAGGGGCUAUUACCUUGGUGUCAAUGCUGUGAGGGUGCCUUUGGUGGAAAUUGGUGUGUUGCUCCAAAGUUACAGAAGAUUUUGGCGAUUCUUUGGAAAUAUUCUGUUGCCUAUUCUACGAGUAGAUGUUUACUUUGUGUGAUGGCUGGUGAUGCAUUUUUCAUACCAUCUUGAUGGUGUUCCUGUUUUUGUCAACCAUUUGUACAGAAUACGAUGUGUGGAGCUGAAGUAUGAUUAUGGCUUCGUUGAGUUUAGCGAUCCCCGGGAUGCAGAUGAUGCAAGGUAUGAGCUUGACGGCCAAGAGAUUGAUGGGAGCCGCAUCAUUGUUGAGUUUGCAAGAGGGAUCCCGCGUGGCCCAGGAGGUUCCCGCGAGUACUUGGGCAGAGGACCCCCUCCUGGUUCUGGCCGCUGCUUUAACUGUGGGAUUGAUGGGCACUGGGCUCGUGACUGCAAUGCUGGCGACUGGAAAAAUAAGUGCUAUCGCUGUGGAGAAAAGGGCCAUAUAGAAAAAAACUGCCAAAACAGUCCUAAGAAUCUCAAGCGGGGAAGAAGCUACUCACGCUCCCCACCACCUCAUCGCGAAAGGAGCCUAAGCAGGAGUUACAGCCGAUCGCCUUAUCCGAGGAGGGAUGAUCGUGCUGUUGGCCACGAGGAAAGGCGACCAAGAAGCUCUAGUUACAGCCCUAGGAGGAGUGCUUCACCUUCCGGUUUGAACCGCAGCCCAGCACCAAAUGGCAAGAGCCACCCACCAAGGGAGCAAGCUGAAGUCAAUGGUUCACAUAACGGUGUGAGAGGCAACAGCCUGAGUCCCGCCCGCGAUAGCCGCCCAGCCACCAACAGAAUGAGCCCUAGCCCCUGGGAGUGAUGGUGAACGCUGCGCACCACCCUCAACUUGAAUUAAUAUUGUUGCAUCGUCUCUUGGGCCGAACUCUUAUGUUGGUACACUAUGUUAGUAUGUUUGUCGAACAUCGGAUCGCGUUAUGCCUCCCCGUCUAAACCUGUCAAACCUGUCUGAGUCGUGAAUUUUUCAUGUUUGACAAAUGUUGACGUGUGUUAUGCCGCCUUGUCUGAACCUGAAAAAGUCUUUUUGCAGUUGCGAUUA